AUGUGGAGGGCAGCUGGGAAAAGGCUUAAACGCCACUUUCCUAUAGGGUUGAAGUAUCUGCGGGGGGAAAAAAAGCCACAGAAUUUGUGCGUGAAAAAGACACUGGAUUAUGAAUUAACUUCAGGAGCCAGAUGGAAGCAAGACAGUGGUCCAGCCUGCAAGCAAGUGUUGGGAAGCAAUGAUGACACAUUUUCUGAUGUGUUUUGUGAAAACUCUAAGAAGCUAAUCAAUGUGCAUUUGUUUGCCCUGGCUGCUAAGUAUUAUACUUUGUCCAGCCUUGGAGUGUGUACCCCAUUAGAAGAUCUACUUGAAGCACUGAAAGGUGACAGUCAAGGAACAACAGGUAUCAAAACCGAUGAGUUUAUGAAUAGUAAGAAAUCUCAUGAAGUGCAGGUGAUGUCAGAGCUGGUAGACAAACUAGCAAAUAAUUUUGGUAUAAAGCAGGUGAUUGAUAUAGGUUCUGGAAAAGGCUACCUGAGUUCAUUUUUGUCCAUGCAAUAUAACUUAAAAGUUUAUGGAAUUGACUCCUCAAACAUCAACACUAAUGGUGCUCUUGAACGGAACAGAAAAUUGAAGAAACACUGGAGAGCAUAUCAGAGUCGAGGAAAAACAAACCUCAAAAACCAGAGGCUGGAAAAGGCAAAUGAGAGGCCAGAGGAAAGUGAAAUUAAAUGUAAAGCAAUCAGUGCAAAGCCCAUAAAUAAUGACAGCAGUCUUCAAGGUCAGAACGAAGUGACUAUCCAAGGCACACUUCCUUCUAGUGGCUUCCCUGAAAUAGCCACAUCUGAAACCAGUAAACAAGUUGAAGUAGGUUUGGUAGAUCGGACACAAUCUGAGGAGAGCAAACCUUCUGAAGAGGUUCUUGCUAUUCUAAAUGUUCUGCCUGUGAAUGCUGUAGAAGUUUUUUCUUCUCAGUGUAACUGUGCAGAACUCUGUGAAGAGCAAAAGGCACAAAGAAAAAUGUCAUCUCUCAAGGCUAAAGCAAUCAAGUCAAGUGAAUCAAACCUGUAUUUCCCAUUGACCUCUUGCAUCACUGCAGAAACAGAACUCAGUGACAUCAUAACAGAUCUGGAGGACUGUAUGAUGGUGGGUCUACAUACAUGUGGGGAUCUUGCUGCAAAUACACUACGAAUUUUUACUGCCAAGCCUGAAAUCAAAGCUGUUUGCAGUGUAGGCUGCUGCUACCACCUGUUGUCAGAACAGUUUGAAAACCAAGAAGCUUCCUCAGAGGAAAUGUGGGGAUUUCCCAUGUGUCAGUACUUGAAGGACAAGGGCUGGUGCUGUGGUCGCAAUGCUAGAAUGUCAGCAUGCUUGGCUUUGGAGCGAGUUGCAGUUGGCCAAAUGCUUCCUACAGAAUCAUUGUUUUAUCGAGCUGUUCUUCAGGUUAUUAUAGAAGAAAUUUAUGGUGUCACCAAAAGUGAUCGGCAUGUUGGAAAAACUUUCUCCAAAUCAUCUUCCUUCAUAGAUUAUGUCAGAAAGUCUCUGAAAAAGCUGGAACUGGAUGAUUCUAAGCUCCCAGACAGCUGUAUAAUGGAGUAUUAUGAAAAAUACAGGCACAGAAUGAAUGAGCUUGAAGCAUUUAAUAUGUUGAAGGUUUUCCUGGCUCCCUGCAUAGAAGUUUUGAUACUUCUGGAUCGUCUUUGUUACCUCAAGGAACAGGACAACAUUGCCUGGUCUGGACUUGUGAAGUUAUUUGAUCCCGUGAAAUCCCCCAGAUGCUAUGCAGUUAUUGCUCUGAAGAAACAGUCAUGUUUUUAA